UAGCAGGCACCACAUUUAAGUGAGUAUAAAAUUAUCAUUUUCCCAGGCGACCGGGCAGUGCGAUCUGGAGAAGUGAGCCGUUAAGAACUGUAGUUUAGUCGUUUAGCUGCCGGUCGGUGUUCUCGUCACGUCGUUGUGUCGUCGAGGAAAAGAAUAACACGAUGACUAAGUUGUAUCAUCGCGUAUCGCUGUUGAUACUGCUGGUGUCCUCUGUGGGCUACUUGGAUGCAUUGGAUUUCGCUGGACUCGCCAAAUCAACGGGAGAUGUAGCGAAGGUCGCCGGGAAAACGGUCAAAACGGUCGUCGAGAAGGUUCCGGAGAUUUUCUCGCCAGAACAGCUGGCGGAUUUCGCGAAACAAUCCAUCGCCGGAGUGCCACUGGAGGCGUUAGCCGCGACCAUCAAUAAGAUCUGUUCAUUUGCGGUAUCAGCAAAUGCAACGGAAUCGGACAACUCGGUGAACAUUUCCGCGUUGAACUACGUCCUGAUGACGGGUGCGGAGAACGUCACAGUGCCGCUGCUGGAUUCGGACGCCCUGUGGAGUUAUCCGUUGUUCAACGAUUCGCAGGACACGGUUAUCCUCGUCACGGGAUGGACCUCGAACAUCAACGGAUCGAACCGGGCCAUCGACACCAUCUUCAGUGCCUACCAGGCACGUGGAGGAAACAAUUUUGUAGUCAUCGAUACUUCAGACUUCGUGGACACCCUGUACACUUGGUCUGCGUUCAACACCAAUGAAUUGGGCGAGGCCCUAGCCGUAGGCCUGCAACAUUUGAUCAACUUUAUACCGGUGGAAAAGAUACAUCUGAUCGGACACAGUCUGGGGGCACAUAUUGUGGGAAGUGCCGGAAGACACUUCCAAAGGUUGACCAAUGCCUCAAUUCCGAGAAUCACCGGGCUGGAUCCGGCGAAUCCGUGCUUCAACGAAGGUGAAGCGCUGAGCGGAAUUUCCCGUGGAGACGCCGAUUUCGUGGACAUCAUUCACAGUAAUGCGAAGGUUCUGGGCAAGCGGGAUCCCAUCGGCGACGUGGAUUUCUAUCCAAACGGAGUGGUUUCCGUUCAACCCGGAUGCCUGGACCCUUCCUGCUCGCAUGCUAGGGCUUGGGAGCUGUACGCCGAAACCGUCUACCCAGGCAACGAGAACCAUUUGCUGGCGGUGAAAUGCAACUCUAUCCUAUCGCUCGAUACCGGUGCCUGCCCGAGCAAAGCCAUACCACUGGGAUACGCGUGUCCUCGGACGGCAAAGGGAAACUACUUUCUGAAAACCAAUGACAAAUUUCCGUUCGGAAAGAAUUUGUAAAGGCCAUGUGAACAUAAGAUGAAUGUAUUUGUUGAUUAUUUAUAC